AUGAGUCUGGUGGGGGGCUUCCCCCACCACCCGGUGGUGCACCAUGAGGGCUAUCCUUUCGCCGCCGCCGCCGCCGCCGCCGCCGCCGCCGCCGCCAGCCGCUGCAGCCACGAGGAGAACCCCUACUUCCAUGGCUGGCUCAUCGGCCACCCCGAGAUGUCACCCCCCGACUACAGCAUGGCCCUGUCCUACAGCCCCGAGUAUGCCAGCGGCGCCGCCGGCCUGGACCACUCCCAUUACGGGGGGGUGCCGCCGGGCGCCGGGCCCCCGGGCCUGGGGGGGCCGCGCCCGGUGAAGCGCCGGGGCACCGCCAACCGCAAGGAGCGGCGCAGGACUCAGAGCAUCAACAGCGCCUUCGCUGAACUGCGCGAGUGCAUCCCCAACGUGCCCGCCGACACCAAACUCUCCAAGAUCAAGACGCUGCGCCUGGCCACCAGCUACAUCGCCUACCUCAUGGACCUGCUGGCCAAGGACGACCAGAACGGCGAGGCGGAGGCCUUCAAGGCGGAGAUCAAGAAGACAGAUGUGAAAGAAGAGAAGAGGAAGAAGGAACUGAACGAAAUCUUGAAAAGCACAGUAAGUAGCAACGACAAGAAAACCAAAGGCCGGACGGGCUGGCCGCAGCACGUCUGGGCCCUGGAGCUCAAGCAGUGA